UCUACCUGGACGACGGGCACCAUGGGUCGGCACCCCCUCGGCACCCCCCCAUCGCUCCGCCGCCGGGCAUGGGCCCGCCCCCCGGGAUGGCGCCUCCGCCGAGUGAGAGGCCCGGCGCGAAUCCGCUUCGUCAGCCCGAGCUCCUCCGGUCCCUCUUCGACGAGGCGUUUCGGUGCAACGUCGGCGCCGCCGCCUCCGCCGACCCGGGCCGAGCGGAGUCUCGCGCGCAGUGCGUCGACCUCAUCGUCAGGGCCGUCACCGACGGCGGGGAAGACGAGGUCGCGGAGGCGAGACGCGCGCUGGAGAGCGCGACGCGCGCGCUCGAGGCGGCGGCUCGAGGGUCGGCGCCGGAGCCCGAAUCGUUUCGCGGUUUGGUCGGGUACCCGCCCGCGGCGGCUGGCGUGAUCGCGUGGGUGAGCUCCGCGAUGGGGGACCCGGAGCACUACAGGCAGGUGCACGCGGGGGCGAGCAAUCAGGUGUACUUCGGGAUGCUCGCGAGGGCGGCCGUCGCUCAGCCGAGGCUCCGCGAGCGAGCUCUGGACGCCGUCGGCGCGGCGCUGGCGGCGAUGGGCAAGGGAUCGAGCGAGGCGCUGCACCUCGGCGCGCUGGACGUGGCCGUGGAGAUGGUCGAGGCUGGGCACGUGCUGCCGACGAUCGAGGCGGCGACGGAGCGGUGGAGCCGCCACGUGGACCCGUCGCACCUGCGGUAUUUCGCGGGCGAGGUGCUCGAAGUCGCGGGGCCGCCGUACGGCGGAAGGUUUGCGUCGGCGAUGGUGAGGCUUCUGAGGGGGGCGAACCAUCGGCGGGGGAUGAACCGGGCGAUCGACGAGUUCGUGGCGCAGGUUAGACGGCAGCGGGAAGGGGGUAGGCUGCAUCCGAACCUGGCCAAGGAGGACGACACGUUCCUGGACUACCUGGCGAAGUAGUGCUUUAUCAAAUCGAAUUGCAUAUUCAAUCGAUAAACG